AUGGAGUGUCCAUUUCUCUGCGGUUUCCACACACCCAAUGAUAGUCAAGCAGAGUAUCAUAUCACAGCUCAUAUCGAGCUGCAGCAUACUCCAGAGUCACAAUUCACAGUCGAAGAUGAGGAUCUAAAAUUUGCCCUUGCGCUGCAAAGAGAAGAAGAGCAAGCCUUUGCUGACAUCAGAAACCGUGACGUUUCAUCCGGUCCGUCCCUGAAGCCUGCCAAUCGUGAAAAGGAAGGAGCUGCCAAUGAUGACUUCCCAUACGCCGAAUGUCCUGAAUGCGAAGAGUUCGUUCAUCUCAUCGAACUCGACGAACACAUGAAUACACAUCUAUCGUUAAAGUAUUCUUCCGACGACAUGGCUGGACCUGACUUCAACGAGCCAUCCUCAGGGCGACCGUCGUUCCAAGGCUCUACCACAAUCGCUCGUCACAGAGGUCGACACGAUGGUCAGCCGUUUGGCAAGGAGAACGUUGGUCGCUCAGCAAAAGAGAAAUCAAGAGGUAUGCGCCUAGGUAAAACAGAACUCGGCCCUUAUGCUUUCGAGGAAAGAAUGCCUGAAUGGAUGCUCAACAAACUCCAAGAGGGUGAACCAGUGCGAAGAGUGAACCGCAUCGGCAGGAACGGCCAGCUCUGUACGGAUCGUAUCGUCGACAACGAGGUUCCAGGACUUGUUCCGGUCAUCGCGAAUCUUUGUACUACACCUGUUCAGCAUGUGUUCAGAGGCCAGAGACAGACACACUUCUGUGGAUACAGAAACAUCCAAAUGCUGGUAUCAUAUCUGCAAGGUACGAAAGCAAGGGACCAUGAACGCUUCGGAAAAAACUUGCCUGGCGUACUCCGACUCCAAGAGAUGAUCGAAGAAGCCUGGGAUGAUGGAAAUGAUGUUCUUGCCAGACAAGAGACUGGCGGUAUUCUCAACACAAGGAAGUGGAUCGGGACGCCUGAGGUAGAGUCGCUUUGCCUUCACCUGAACCUGCCCUACUUUCAACGUGCAUUCUCAAAGACAAAAGGCAAGAAAGCCCACGAGGAGCUACUGGACUUCGUCGAGAAUUACUUUGCCCGGGGAAGCGCAGACGAACAAACCAAGCUACACAAAACCCAUCAGGCCCCAAUCUACUUCCAGCAACCAGGACACUCCUUGACGAUCGUUGGCCUCGAGCGCUUCAAUGAUGGCAGUCGUAACCUAUUGGUCUUCGACCCAUCAUUUGGGCCUUCGCAAGCUUUGAAAAGCCUGCUCGUCAGACCGUCAAGUGCUACGGUGCCAGCAAAGACGGCAGAUCACCUGCUCAAAAGCUAUAGACGUACCAUCGCUCAGCUGGCAAAGUAUGAUGAGUUCGAAGUUUUGGUGUAA